GGUUGGGGCAGACGGCCUGAGGGCGCCCUGGGAGCUGUCGGUUGUGCUUGUCCCAGUUGGAGCGGAGCGGUGCUGACCAGACCGGAGGGGGCGUAGCUCUGCUCUGCUUGCACAGAAGCUUCCAGAGUGGAAUAAAGAAUGGCUGUUGAACAUCCACAAGGCACCUGCAAGACUGUGACUCAAGGUUGAGACCAAGAAAUUAUUUCUGAAAAAAGGAUAUUUAUGGAAUAUAAUCAUCCUGAUGGGAAAUAAUGGAAAGACUUAUAAGAAACAGCAUUGAGUAUUCAAGUUUCAGAGGUGAUUGGGAAUGUAAAAGCCAGUUUGAGAGAAAACAGGAAUCUCAGGAAGGACAUUUCAGUCAAAUGAUAUUCACUCCUGAAGACAUGCCCACUUUCAAUACCCAGCUUCAGAGAAUUCAUACUGAUGAGAAACUCCUUGAAUGUAAGGAAUGUGGGAAGGAUUUUAGUUUUGUUUCAGUCCUUAUACGACAUCAGCGAAUUCAUACUGGUGAGAAACCUUAUGAAUGUAAAGAAUGUGGCAAGGCUUUUGGUAGUGGUGCAAACCUUGCUUACCAUCAGAGAAUUCAUACGGGUGAAAAACCUUAUGAAUGUAAUGAAUGUGGGAAGGCAUUUGGUAGUGGCUCAAACCUUACUCACCAUCAGAGAAUUCAUACUGGUGAGAAACCAUAUGAAUGUAAGGAAUGCGGGAAAGCAUUUAGUUUUGGAUCAGGCCUUAUUCGACAUCAGAUAAUUCACAGUGGUGAAAAGCCCUAUGAAUGUAAGGAAUGUGGAAAGUCCUUUAGUUUUGAAUCAGCCCUUACUCGGCAUCACAGAAUUCACACAGGUGAGAAACCUUAUGAAUGUAAGGAUUGUGGGAAGGCCUUUGGCAGUGGUUCAAACCUUACUCAACAUCGGAGGAUUCAUACUGGUGAGAAACCUUAUGAAUGUAAAUCAUGUGGAAUGGCCUUUAGCAGUGGUUCAGCCCUUACUCGGCAUCAGAGAAUUCAUACUGGUGAGAAACCAUAUAUAUGUAAUGAAUGUGGGAAGGCUUUUAGUUUUGGAUCAGCCCUUACUCGACAUCAAAGAAUUCACACUGGUGAGAAACCUUAUGUAUGUAAGGAGUGUGGGAAGGCUUUUAAUAGUGGCUCGGAUCUCACUCAGCAUCAGAGAAUUCACACUGGUGAGAAACCCUAUGAGUGUAAGGAAUGUGAGAAAGCCUUUAGAAGUGGUUCAAAGCUUAUUCAGCAUCAAAGAAUGCACACUGGUGAGAAACCCUAUGAGUGUAAGGAAUGUGGGAAGGCCUUUAGUAGUGGUUCAGACCUUACUCAACAUCAGAGAAUUCAUACUGGUGAGAAACCCUAUGAAUGUAAGGAAUGUGGGAAAGCUUUUGGUAGUGGCGCAAAACUUAUUCAACAUCAGCUAAUUCACACUGGUGAAAAACCUUAUGAAUGUAAAGAAUGUGGAAAGUCUUUUAGUAGUGGCUCAGCUCUUAAUCGGCACCAGAGAAUACAUACUGGUGAGAAACCAUAUGAAUGUAAGAAGUGUGGGAAGACUUUUGGGAGGGGUUCAGAGAUUCAGCAACAUAAGAAAAAUUAUAGUGGUAAGAUCUGUGAAAUUCAUACUGGUGAAAAACCCUAUGAGUGUAAUGAAUGUGGAAAGGCCUUUAGUACUAGUUCAAUAUUUAGAGUACAUCAAAGGAUUCACACAGGUGAGAAACCCAAUGAAUGUAAAGAAUGUGGAAAAGCCUUUCGUCAUUCCUCAUACCUUACUCAACAUCAAAGAAUUCAUACUGGUGAGAAACCUUACAAAUGUAAGUAUUGUGUUAGGGCAUUUAGUAAUGUUUCAGCCUUUAUUCGCCAUCAGAGGAUUCAUACUGGUGAGAAGCCCUACAAAUGUAAGGAAUGUGAAAGAGCCUUUAGUACUGCCUCAAUACUUACAGCACAUCAGAGAAUUCACUCAGGUGAGAAACCCUAUGUGUGUAAGGAGUGUGGGAAGGCCUUUCGUCAGUCUUCAGACCUUACUCAGCAUCAGAGAAUUCAUACUGGUGAGAAACCCUAUAAAUGUAAGGAGUGUGAAAGGGCCUUUCGUCGUUCAUCAGAACUUUCUCGACAUAAAUCAAUUCAUGCUGGUGAGAAAUUGUGUGAAUGUAAGGAAUGUGGAAAGAUCUUGAGUAAAGAUUCAAUACUUAUACAACAUCAGAAAAUUCACACUGGUGAGAAAACCUGGGAAUGUAAUGAAUGUGGGAAAGUUUUUACUUGUGCAACAUACCUGACUCGGCAUCAGCGAAUUCAUGCUGGCAAUAAACCACAUACUUGCAACAAAUGUGAGAAAGCCUUUCUUCGUUCUUCAGACCUUAUUCUGCAUCAAAGAAUUCAUACUGGUGAGAAACCAUAUAAAUGUAAGGAAUGUGGGAAGGCUUUUGCAAGAGGUUCAAAUCUUAAUCGCCAUCAAAAAGUUCAUAAUGGUAAGAAAUAGUAUGAAAGGAGGCUUUGUAAGACUUUUGAGCAUGCCUUUUAGGUCACCUGACGUGAGAGAUAAACCCUGGAAACAAAAUUAAUAGGAGAAAUCCUAAGAAAUUCAUCGGUGGGAAAAACAUAAAAAUAUAAUUAAUACAAGAAUGCCUUAAGUGUUUCACAGUUUGACUAUCAUAAGAAGAAAAUGAACAUUGGAAAGCCUUUAUCAACAGUUCACUUUUUUCUAAAUUUCAAAAACUUUCUAAUCAUGAGUGUAGAAAGUGAAAAAUCUUCUUUGUUGCAUUUUUAUUAUUUAAAAAUACUUUAAAUCCACUUUAUUUUUUGUUUAGCUAGGAUUAGUUUGGUUUGCACAUAACUAAAGUACUAUCGUAAGUUGCACAUUAAAUUUUUAAAUUUAUUUUGUUCUCACCGAAAUUCUUAUUCCAAUACCACUUAUCCAGUAAUUAUUUCCUGAUGCUUUUUAUGCACAGUUUAAUGACAUUUUAUAUUCUUAGUAUUAUAAGCUUGGAUUUAAUGACAGUCCUUUUAUA